AUGGCCCGCCGACGGAGACCCCCGCGCUCCGGCGCGCUCACCGAGCUCCCUCCCUUGAAGAUCCUCGGGCAGAUCGCCGCGCUGCAGACGCUGUACUACUCGCUGUCCAUCAUCCUGAUGCUGUUCACUGCGCUCGUGUCGGGGCGAGAUUUCUCGAUGGACCUGGUCUUUGGCUGGUCGGCGGUGCGCGGGGACACGACGCAGGGAUGGCUGACGGCCUUCAUCUGGGCGCUGGACGGGGGCUUCUUUAUACCACUCGCUAUCGUCAUGAUCGUCGCCCGCUCCAAGCUGGUCCCCGACUUCGCCCUCUCCCUGCAUGUCAUACACCUCAUCGUCGUCUUCCUAUACACAGGGAGCGUCCCGCAAAAUUUGAUGUGGUGGGCUGUGAUGAUCGGCUCGAGCGCGCUCGCGACCAGCCUGGGCAUCUGGGGCUGUCGGUACCGAGAGCUCAAGCCCAUCUCCUUUGGCGGUAACGGGGGAGCGAGCACGAACAACGCCGGCCCGGGCGGCAACGGAGAAGGAAGCAGUGCUGCCGCUGCCGGAGAGGAUGGGCACAUCGGCGACGAAGAGCAGGGAUUCUCCCGAGGGCGAGGCAGGGGCCGAGGCAGAGACGGCGGAGGGGAGUACGAGAUGGUCAAGAUGAACGGCGAGAGCAGCCGUUUGGAUUAG